UCUCCCCUCUCCUUCAUAAUGGCCUCCCUCGCCCGUCUCCGGCCACGUCUCGCCCCCAGGCUUUCUCCUUUCGUCCGCUCGCUCCAGACAGCGGCGGACAGUACACAGUUGACCCAGUCGCUACCGGACGACCACUCGCAUCCGUUCACGCUCAGGCUUCAUGAGGACUCUUUCAGGACAUACAAUGCCGACCUGCCAUCGUUUGAUGUCGAUGUCACCAAGGCGGACCUCCUCAAAAUGUAUCAGCAGAUGACGACGAUGCGGAGGAUGGAGCAGAGUGCGGAUGCGCUCUACAGGUCGAAGUUGAUUCGCGGUUUCUGCCAUCUUGCUAUCGGACAGGAAGCCGUCGCCGUCGGCAUUGAACACUCCAUCACCCCCGAAGACCUCGUCAUCACCUCCUACCGCUGCCACCCCUUCGCCGUCCUCCGCGGCGGCACCAUUACCGGCGUACUCGCCGAGCUCCUCGGUCGUCAAGGAGGCAUGUCCAACGGCAAGGGUGGAUCCAUGCACAUCUUCACCCCUCGUUUCUUCGGAGGGAACGGUAUCGUCGGUGCCCAAGUUCCGCUCGGUGCAGGUCUCGCGCUCGCGCAGCAGUAUAUGGGCAAGCCGACGGCUACGUUCGCGAUGUAUGGUGAUGGAGCGUCGAAUCAGGGACAGGUGUUUGAGGCCUUUAACAUGGCUAAGCUCUGGAACCUCCCUUGUGUCUUCGUUUGCGAGAACAACAAAUACGGUAUGGGUACCUCCGCCGAGCGCUCUUCCUCCAACACCGAGUACUUCACUCGUGGAGACAAGAUCCCCGGUCUUCAGGUCAACGGUAUGGACAUCAUCGCUGUCGCGCAGGGCGUGAAGUACGCACGUGAAUGGGCAAUCUCUGGCAAGGGCCCUCUGCUCCUCGAAUUUGUUACUUACCGUUACGGCGGUCACUCGAUGUCCGACCCGGGAACCACCUACCGUACCCGUGACGAGGUCCAGAAGAUGCGGAGCACUCAGGACCCGAUCCGUGGCUUGCAGAGGUACAUCGAGGAAUGGGGUGUCGCUACCUCUGAGGACCUCAAGAAAAUGGACAAGGAGGCCAAGCAGAUCGUCGACGAGGCGACGGAGGAGGCUAAGAAGUCGCCGGAGCCUGCGCUCGACGAUCUCUGGACGGAUAUUUAUUAUAAGGGUACCGAGCCGCCGUUCAUGAGGGGUAGGGAGAGGGAGGAGGUGCAUUACUUCUGAUUGUGACGUGGAAGUGGAAUGUGCCGUGACUUUGUUGUCGUAGCUACCUUUUUCUUAUUUCGUUGACGUUUGACUGUCGUGGUUUGCUGUGCCCGCUCUUGAACUCUGGAUGAGUUGAUGGCGGGUGACGUGUUGCCGUGCAGGGUGCUGGCAAUUCUUUGGGCUUCGCUUUAUGGCUUAGGUGAAUAGCGGCUAGCCUUCUUCUUUUUCUUUUCGAUGCGGUCCAAUGAGUGGGGUAUCAACGCAUCUUUGGGCGUGGUUAUGGUAGAUGUGGAUAGACGCGAGUCCCGUUUGUUUGUUUGUUUUGCUCUUCUCUUCUCCGUUAAUAUGUCGGUUCGGUAGAUAUAUUAAGUAGAUAAUUCAUGGCUUGGGUUCAUGGCAUUGCGAAUGCACACCACUGGGAGAGUCUGAUAAAUAUUGUUCGACCGGUACAUACUGCGACGACUUUGUCGAUGCGGAGUUAUUAGAUUCUCGCUUUCGCCUCUGGGGAGUAGGCAGCCCUGGCUACAUCUCUUCUUCAAGUCCACCGCCUUCCCUUCUACCAUAUCCCUCGUCUUUCUGCCAUCGUCACAUUCAUUGUCUCCUUCCACCUCACCGCCUUGCAACCUCAACAAACGAGAAACUAGGUCGCUCGUUGCGGUGUGGGCGACGAGAGUAGAUAGAAAAAUCACCCAAGUCGUCAUGUGGGAUGGUCAUAUAUUCCCUAUCCGGCGAGAUGGAUGAAUAGUACAAUAAUGUGAAGCGCAACUCAGAAUUAUCGGAGGCCCUCCAAGCACGAACACGUCCAUCUGAAUAUGUAUACAGUCGGCUAUAUCGGUUCCACAUAGAAACAAAAUCCGUGAGCUCCUCGGAAGAUUGUGGAAUCAGCUCGCCACUGGCAACAUUCCAUAUGCUGAUGUGCUUGUCGCAAGCAGCGAGUAUGAAUCUUCCAUCUGUAGAGCAGUCGAGAUGGCUGACAGGGUGGUUAGGCUCUGCGAAGCUGUGAAUAAUAUCGCCAGAAGAUACAUCCCACAUCAUAGUGUUGCCGAACAUGUCGCUCGAGAUAACCCUGCUGCUAUCCGACCAAAAUACCACAGCACUGAUCCAAGUUUUAUGCCCGGUAAACUUGGCCAGUUUCGUUCCCGUCUGUGCAUUCCAGAUGCGAACUGUAUUAUCCCAGAACCCGGAGACGAUGUAUCGCCCGUCUGGAGAGAUUGCAACAGCGGAAACAAAUCCCUUGUGACCCUUCAGCGGCCCAAGAAUACUCUCGCAGGUUUGCACGUCCCACACUGUGACUGCGCCGUCAACUGAGCCAGUGACGAAGGAUUUUCCAUCGGGUGCGAAGGCGGUGCAAAUAAUGUGCCUGCGGAUCGGGAAAGAGAUCGUUUUGUGAUGAUACCAGUCACCAGCUGGGGACCAGUCUUUGAGUGUGCGAGAGUGAGUGGUGCCGAUG